GUUCGGUUGUCAUGCGGAAAAGCGGCGGGGCCGCUGUCGUUGUGUCGGAGGGGAGGCGGACUGUCGUCUCUCCCCGCACCUCAGGUUUCCCUGGGAACUGGAAAAUACUGUUAGAGCACAAUGUCCCUCGACUUUGAUAGUGGGGCUCUGCAGACUCAGCAUGAAGAUGAAGACUAUGACCAAGAGGACUAUGCGAGAGAGCAAGAGUUGCAACAGCUGUUGACAGACCUUCCCCAUGAUAUGCUGGAUGACAGUGGAGACCAGCUCUCCAGCUAUUCGGACUCUAGCAUUCAUGAGACUGAGGAGCAGUCACAGGAAGCUCGAAAGCCUGAUGGAAGGUGGAAUGAUCAUCUAUUGAUAACUGAUGCUCAAAAUGGUUAUGAGCAAGGACAAAAUCUGUACCCUGACCAAUUCUUGUGUGACCAGCAAAAUGACCAUGUUGAAAAACAUGCCAAGAAUUGGAAUGGCUUGCAUAACAGCGAUCAGAUGAAACAUUUAUACGAUGUGAAAGAAGAUUACUCUGGACAGAACAGUCAAGAAGAUGCAGAUGAUGUCUAUCUUGAUAGAGAUGGAUUUAAUGCUCCAGGUUGCUACCAGCAGAGCAAUUUAUAUCAUCUUCCUGAGAACUUCAGACCAUACACUAAUGGCCAUAAUCCAGAAUUUAACAGUCAACAGAAUCAAAUACUAAACUUUCCCGAUGCUCCAAAGGAACAUCUUAAGCAGCCGUUUGUUACAUCUGAAGUUGUUAGUGGCCAGUCAGCAGAAUCUUACAAAGUGAUGUAUAAACCUUACCAAAAUGACGUUCAUAAAAAAAUUCCAGUAACCCAAGAAGGAACGAGAAGAAACGAAGUGUAUGAAGAUUUGCAGCAUGAGUUCUCAGGCAAUGAAGAAAAUUCUUCAGAGAAUAUGCAGAUUCUUCAACUUAAAGCUCUAAAUAAAGCACGAGAGAGACGAGUGGAAGAACUUAAUGAAAAGCUAGAAAACAGUGCACAGCAGAUUAGGUAUCUGAGCCAUCAGCUUUCAAUGGUCACAGGUGAAAAGGAUGGUUUGGCUGUUAGUCUUCAUGAAUCUCAAAAACUCUAUCAGAAUGGAAAAGAACGGGAAGUGUACCUUGAAGGCCAAAUAAAGGCGCUUGAAACUCAAAUUCAGACUCUUACUACCAAUGAGGAGCAGAUAUUGAAGCAAUCCAGGGUGGCAGAAGUAGCCAUGGAAAGCAUGCAGAAGCAGCUGUUAGAACUUCAGCGAUCAGACACUCUUCAGCGAGCCAGAGAACAGCACGAUGCUGUUGUUACAGCACUCAAGCAGAAGCAUGAGAAGCAAGUGCUAUCAUUAGAGCAGAAACUUGAUACUACAAAAUCUGCACUACAGGAGCAGAAAGAGCUUUGCCAAAAUCUAGGAGAGCGUGUUAAGGAACUUGAAAAAAUGCUGGAAGAAACCAAAUGUGAAAAAACUGAAAUAAUAAAUCGAUUGACAAGAAGUCUUGAGGAAAGCCAGAAGCAGUGUGCAAACUUACUGCAAACAGGCUCCAUACAGGAGGCAAAUCAGUUACGGUUUCAGUUGCAACAAGCUCAGUCUGCGCACAUGAUAAGCAAUAACCUGAACAAGGCUUUGCAGGAUGAAUUAAUGGAACUGAAGGAAGAAAUAACUUUGUAUGAAUCUGCUGCCAAACUUGGAGUAUUUUUGAGUGAUGCAGGUGGAGAGCUGCAAGCGAACCUCAGUGAUUCCUGUGUAGAUUUGGGGAUUAAAAAAGUCACCAUGAAUAACUCAAGGUUCUGCAGUAUAAUACAGAACAGAGACAUGGAUAAAGAACUCUCUAAAGAUGAAAUUAUUGUAGAAUUAAAAGCUGAACUGGAACGCUUAUUGAGCAGUAAUAAAAUGAAGAGAAACCAGAUUACUCAAUUACAAAAUGAUCUUAAAGAUUGCCAGAAGAAGUUAGAAGAAUUCAAGCAGUUGUUGAAAGCAGAAAAAGCAUCAAAAGAUUUGGAGCCAGUGACAAAUCAAAACAAUGCUUUGGUGGCCAGUCUGUUAGAUUCUGAUAAUCUUAAGGAAGAAGUUUUGAGACUCAGAAAGGCAAAUGAAACUUUGCUUAGAGAAGUUCAGAGCCAUGCUUUGACCAUUGAAGAACUGAAAGAAAACGAGGAAAAACUGAAAAGCUUAAACCAGGAUCUCUGCUGUCAGAUGAGAAAGAUGGUUCAAGAAUUUGAUGAGGAUAAACAAGAAGCCAUUGACAGGUGUGAAAGAACAUAUCAGCAACACCAUGAGGAUACAAAAGCCCAGUUUGAGAAAGACAUGAUGCAGAGGUAUGCUGCAGAAAAACAGCAGCUUAUUCAAAGUUAUGAAGAGACAGUCUCGCAGCUGAAGGCUACCAUAGAGGAGCUGAACAGAGAGAUGACUGCAGUGAAGGAGUGUUACAUAGCAGUGUGUGGUGAGAAGGACACCUUGGAAACUACUUUAAGACAAAUGUUUGCACGUGAGCAGCAGAUGAAAGAAGAUAAGCUCAAGAAACAGCUUUUAGAAGAAAAAGAAGAAUCACUUAGAAUUCUGAGAAGUGAGCUUGAGGAGAGAUACAGUAAUUCCAUUGCUGAAGCAAAGAGGCAGUGGCAGAAAGAAAAAGAAGUGCAGAUUGAGAAGGAAGUUGCAUUUGCCAAAUUGCACUGGGAAAAGGAAGAAAAAGAGAAGAAGGAAGACGUCAUUGCGAAGAUAGAAAGAGAGUGGCAAAGUAGGCUGGAAGAAGUUAAAAAAACUGUGUUUGAAUGUAAGGACUGCAGCAGUCAAACAGAUAGAGUAACAUGUGUGAAUGAUGCUUCAACUGACGAGUUAGCAAGGAUUGUUGAGGAUCAGAAGCUGCAGAUCCAGAAGGCUCUGAAAGAAAAAAAGGCCUCUGAAGAGGCCUUAAAAGAACUUGAAAUAAAACUCGAAAGUAAAUACCGUAAACGUCUUGCCAGCCAGGUUGAGGCAGCUUUAACCCAAGCACGUGCUAGAUCGCUGCAGGAAUUAACAGACCUCAAAGAGUACAAGUUGGCUUUGGCUUUCUCUCCUGAUGAAGAAAAAUGGAAGAAUGAGCGUGAGAAUCCAGAGAAAUCUGGAUCAAUAGUUAGAGAACUUGAGGAAAAGGUAGUUUCUCUCAAGAAAGAAUUAGAGCUAAAGGAAGAAGAAAUCCCUGUGACUAUCAAAGCAGCAGUGGCGAAAGCCCGUGCUCAGUGGAACAAAGAAAAGCAAGAAGAAAUUGCACAAAUACAAGAGCAAAAUGAGAGAGACUACCGAUCAUUCUUAGAUGACCACAGAAACAAGAUUAAAGAGGUACUUGCAACAACAAAGGAGGAUUUUGCAAAGCAGGUGAAUGAUCUCUCUGCUCAGAAGGAGGCAGAAAUGAAGAUGUUACUGGACCAAAAGCAGCGAGACUGGGAGGCUCAGGAAACAAAAAGGCUUCAGGAUGAAAUUAAUCGGUACGAGGAGAAGACUCUGCUUGAGCUUGAGUGUUUGUUGAGAGAAGUCCAUGAAGAGCUAGUUAAAAGCACCUAUAGUCAGCAUUCCUGGGAGGAGAGGAUUUCUGAUGCUCCUGUUGAAUUAAAUCAUCGUUGCAAGGACAAACUGAAGGCAUGCUUACAAAAGGCCUACAGAAGGACAGUUUACAAAAUUCUGGAAAAGCAUGAGCAAGAGUGGAAAGAGAAAAAUGAAAAGGUACUGAAUAAUGCAAAUAAAGAAGCCUGCUCCAGCAUGCAAGGAGGUGAUGGAGAAACUGGGAACAUAGCAAGAUCCCCUUUUUACAACAUUGGACAGCAAUCAGAAACACAAAGAAGGCUGAAGAGACGGCAUAAAAGUGGGACAGAUGGAGCAGAGUCAACAGUCAAACGAGAUCAAAAUCAAUCACAUGUACACAUGUGGAAGCAGGGGAAAGUGGGAUCUUGGUCAGUGUGGAUUCAGAUUCAAAGACUCCAGGUCUCCAAAGGAGAGAAAAUCUACUGUGCCAUAGUAGAAGUAUCAAAGAAGAAAUGGUUGGAAGAAAUGCAUUAUCCCUAUAACCCUACUUGUCAGAUCACAGAAUGA